AUGCGUAGACUUUUUCAAGUCUAUCUUUCUCAAUAUUUGCGGGCAUUGGAAGACGAUGACGGAGGAAAUAAUAAUAAUGAUCAGGACGAUGAUGAUGAAGAUUACAUGCUCGAGGAUGAAGAGGAACUCUUCAAUUCCGGUUAUCAACAAACAAGUGAGGAUGAUGAAUACACGACCGACGACGAAGCGUACACAACAACAACCACACGAGGACAAUCACCGUCCUCCUCAUCAGGCUUGACCCGAACUGGUAGUGAUCGGCAAUCAAGACAACAGGCACAAAAGCUUCGAGAAGAGGAAAAGGAAAGACUUUUUCAGGAACAAGUUCGAGAGAGGUUGAAAGCCCUCAACGAACACAAUGAUUUAGGUCAAAUCAUUAGAGCUCAUACUGGAAGAUUUUGUCAACAACAAUCAGUUUCUCAAUUUCAACAGCAAAAUACUCCUUCAUGCUCGAGCAGCAUGGGCAGUUGUAAUAGUAAUAUUCUAGCUGCAUCUUCUGUUGUGGAAGAUGCAGAUAUCAUGAUUGACGAUGGUCAAAAUGAAAAUUGGAGGAUGUGUGCUGGAGCUUUACAUCGUCAUAGAUCACAAAUGUCACAAGGCCAAUUAGCAAGCAUUUCCUCACGGUUUAUUCCAUGCUCCAACAAAGGACCAAUUGGUCAAUUUGAUUCCUAUUUAUUUUGUGGACAAUUCUCUCUGGAUGGCAAUUUCUUCAUGAGCGCAUGCCAAGACCAAGUAAUUCGAAUAUAUGAUGUAAAUACAAUUUUGCUUAAAAAGUCAUCAAUCUCAGCCAACACACCGCAAGCUUCUUCAGACGAUAUUAAUAGUGAACACCAUGAGGACAGCAAUUCUAUGGAUGAUUCUGAAGAGGAAUAUUAUGCAAGACCUACUCGUAGUAGGUACAUGAUGGUACAUAAUCAAAGUGUAAACAAGACUCCCACAGUGAAACAUAUCAGAGAAAUUCACGCAAGAGAUAUUGGAUGGAGCAUUAUUGAUUGCAACCCAUCACCUGAUAACAAAUUUUUAGUGUACAGUAGUUGGAGCUCUUACAUCCAUUUAGCAACCUUUGUUCCUCAUGAUUAUGACCCUAACGAAGAUAUUGACAAACGCGUCAAGUACAUUGAAAAACAUGAGAGAUUAUUCCUUAAUCCUGGAAAUAUCCGAUUUUGUGCCUUUUCUGUUCGAUUCAGUCCAACUGGAAAGGAAAUCCUUGCUGGUUCUAACGAUGACCACUUGUAUAUUUAUGAUCUAGACAAAAAUAUAAGAGUUGAACGAAUUCAUGCACAUCGCUCAGACAUUAACAGUGUAUGCUAUGCUGGAAAUAGCCAACCUGAUAUUUUCUUUUCUGGUAGUGACGAUGGCUUGUGUAAAGUUUGGGAUCGACGGGUAUGCUCCUCGUCCUCGAGUAGUGCCGUUGGAGUUCUUGUUGGCCAUUCUGAUGGUAUAACCUGUGUUUCAUCUAAGGGUGAUGGAAGGUACUUUAUCAGUAAUGGUAAAGAUCAGACCUGUAAAUUGUGGGACAUUCGUAAAAUGGCUGAUCCAAACUCUAACGUUCCCCAAAUUCCAAAAAGUAAUAAUUUGUGGGACUACAGAUAUGAAAUGGCACCAACGAGACACUCUCGUGUCAUUCAUCCUAACGACCAAUCUCUCAUGACCUAUACAGGACAUCAAGUUCUCCAAACAUUAAUUCGAUGCUAUUUCAGUCCUUCUCAGUCCACAGGACAACAAUACAUCUACACUGGUAGUCAUGACGGAAAGAUCUAUGUGUACGAUAUUCUGACAGGAGCAAUUGUCAAACAAUUGGAAGGUCAUGCGCACAUUGUGAGAGAUGUGCAUUGGCACCCUUUUCUUCCACUCAUGUUUUCAUCUUCAUGGGACGGCAGUUGCUUAAUGUGGGAACGAUAA